ACAGCCGGCCGCCUGUCCUGGCUCAGCAAAAGCUGUCUUACAACGGGGUGGACAUGGCGUUCUCCCCGUACAACCCUCACUGGAGGGAGACGCGGAGAAUGUGCACCCUCCAUCGUUCUCCCCCAAACAGAUCCUCAGCUUCCGCCCUGUCCGCGAGGCUCAGGUGUCUCGCGUCAUCUCCAAACUGCACGCUCGACUCAAUCAUCCGGCCAAUCUGAGCGACAUGGCGAUGUCCCUGGCCAGCAACACCAUCUGCGGCGUUGCUUUUGGGAAAACCUACGACGAUGACGAGUACGAGAAGAAGAAACUCGACAAGCUCGUGCUCGAGGCUCAGGCGUUGAUGGUCUCGUUCUACGUCUCCGAUCACUUCAAGGUGUUCGGCUUUCUCGACAAGCUCUCCGGCUUGUCGAGCCGGGUCGAAACCAAUUUCCAGGAGCUGGAUUCAUUCUACCAGCAGCUCAUCGAUGAUCAUCUCAACCCCAUUCCAUCGUCUUCUUCUUCAGGUGAUCCGGAUAUUAUUGAUCUCAUGCUAAAAUUAAAAGGAGAGAAGCCGGAUUCGAUCACGUGGGACCAGAUCAAGGCGCUGCUGAUGAACCUGUUUGUGGCUGGGACGGACACGGUGGCGGCCGCGAUUGUGUGGACGAUGACAGCUCUGAUGCUGAGGCCCGACAUCAUGAGGAAGACGCAGGAGCAUAUAAGGGAGGCCGUGGGGAGAAAAGAUGAUGGAAUAAUGAUUACAGAAGACGAGCUGAUGAAGCUGCCGUAUCUGAAGGCGGUGGUGAUGGAGGGGCUGAGGCUGUACCCGCCGGCGCCGCUGCUGUACCGGACGGUGGAGGAGUCUCAUCUUGUGGAAGGGUUGCAAGUUGAAGUUGGGACUAAAUUCAUUAUUAAUGGCUGGGCUAUUGCUAGGGACCCCGCGAUCUGGGAGGAUCCCGAGGAGUUCGUGCCUGAGAGGUUCUUGAAUGUGUCUGACUCCGACUGGGAGUUCAAGAUGCUCCCGUUUGGAGGCGGGAAGAGGAGGUGCCCCGGGAUGAAUAUGGGGAUGAUGUCGAUACACCUCGCCUUGGCCAAUCUUCUCUACUCGUUUGAUUGGGCGGGGCCGCCCUCGGCCCCACCUAUCGACACUGAUGCCUUGCCCGGGCUCACUAUGCAUAAGAAGAAUCCGCUUAUUUUGGUCCCAACACUACCAUUAUCCUAGCUUGGCCUCUUUUAUUUUAUCCAAAUGAUUGAUUUUGUAUUGUAUUUUGUACAUUUUGUAUCUUGUAUCAACAAUAAGGUUUUCUGUAACGUUACAUUCUAUUAUCUGUAAUCUGUAUUAUGUUGCCUUGA